UUUACAGUAUUAUCAAGGAUCGAAUCAGUGAUGGAAUAAUAUCGCGUUAUUAAUAUCUCCCUCAUCCUUCAGCAUAACCUUAAAUUUUGACCUUAUUUCUGCUCUUCCAUGUCGCUUCUUAAUUCUCCGGCAGUCUUACAAGUCUUGGAAACAGCUCAAUCUUUCUCAGUGGAACCUCAACUCCUUGAUAUUCGCCUUACUUAGCUCCCCAACCAGCCACUCUCUGGUUCAAAACUACACAGUCUUGGUUCAGUUGAAGUUAGAUUCAUUGUCCAUUGCCGAUUACAACAUUCAACCACCACUGUUCAACUCGAGUGAAAAUACCAACCUAACAACUCAUCAUGGAUCACGGAGGAAUGGGCGGUAGCGGUGCUGCCUGUAAGGUCGAGAUGUUGUGGAAUUGGAACACAAUCGAUGCGUGCUUCCUGGCCUCAUCAUGGCAAAUCAAGAACCAGGGUAUGAUGGCUGCUACCUGUAUCGGCGUUAUCCUCCUCGUUAUUCUUGUCGAGUUCUUCCGCCGUAUGGGCAAAGAGUACGAUGCUCUUCUUCAGCGUGGCUUUCAGCGUCAAGCCACUACCCACAGUGUUUCUCUCGCCGCCGCGGGUUGCACGGGAGCUGUUGUUCCCACAAGUCAAACACUUACAUAUCGAGCUUCACCUCUGCAGCAAUUCAUCCGCGCAUUCAUCCACGCUGCUACUUUUGCGGGAGCCUACAUCAUUAUGCUCUUGGCCAUGUACUUCAACGGCUAUGUUAUCAUUAGUAUCUUUAUUGGUGCUGGCCUGGGCAAGUUCUUUUGUGACUGGCUCGUUGUAAGGAUUGAUAUCGAAGAUUUGACUGCCCCUGAGGACAAGGCCAAGGGGAUUGAGGAGACAACUGUUUGCUGCGGCUGAAUAUAUGUCGAUUGUAUCAACCAGAGCUGAUAUAUACGAUGGAGGUUUUACAUGACAAGUCUUUUUCUAGUGAUACCCGUAAAAGCACUUUUGAAAUCGAAUUGCC